AAAAGAAGACAAAAUGGCACUGUGAUUUUUCUAAUUUCUGGAGAGAGAGAGAGAGAGAGAGGAAGAUUAGAUAGGUUUUUUUUGUUUUUAAUUCAACGUUGUAAGAAAGAGAAAAGAGUUGUCUUUUUUUUUUUUUUUUUAAUUCUACGUUCUCGCCAUUUGCGCCAUUGAUUGAUUCAAGCUAAGUGCGUUGAAGUAGAGGUUUUACCGAAAGCUUGAUCUUCUAGGGUUUCUGGUUCAUCGAGUGGUGAAUUUCACUGCAUUAUCCGUCGGAUUUCGAUCUAAAAAAAAUGGGUGAUACAGAGAAGUGUAACACUGACAUGAUCCAGAGACUCCAUUCAUCAUUCGGCACAUCGUCUUCUUCGAUUCCGAAACAGCCAAUUUCUCUGAAUCAGCAGCUCGAAAUCCCUCAAUUAAACCCUAAUUUCAUGCGCUCAGCUCAAUUCCCCCAAUUCUCGCAGCCUUUCAGUGACAGUGGCAAACGAAUCCCGUCUCGCAUCCCGCCGACUUCUCCCUACUCUCAGAUCCCGACGACCCGACAGCAACCCGGUUCGCAGAGUUUCAACCCGGGAGCUACUCACUCGAGGUCAUUGUCUCAGCCUUCCUCUUUCUUCUCCUUCGAUUCCUUACCUCCCUUAAGCCCUUCUCCCUUUCGCGAUCACGAUGUCUCCAUGGAGGAUAGAGAUUCCGGCGGCUUUAACAACAACCCUUCCUUGUUGCCUCCGUCGCCGUUCACGAGGUGUAACUCAACCUCUUCUAGAGUCGUCGCCGCCGGCGAGAGUCUACCUCCGAGAAAAUCUCAUAGACGCUCCAACAGUGAUAUCCCCACUGGGUUUAACUCCUCUUCCAUGCCUCCAAGACCGUUGGAGAGGUCCAUUUCCGGCGGGGAAUGCGCUGAUUGGUCAAAGACAACUCCUUUCGUGAAGAAGGAAUCGAGCUGCGAAAGAGAAGGCGCCGGAGAUAGAGAAGCCAUGGAUGAUCUCUUCUCAGCGUAUAUGAAUCUCGAAAACAUCGAUGUCUUAAACUCCUCGGAAGCUGAUGAUAGCAAGAACGGCAAUGAGAACCGGGACGACAUGGAGAGCAGUAGAGCAAGCGGGACCAAGACAAACGGUAGUGAUACAGAAGGAGAAAGCAGCAGCGUCAAUGAGAGUGGGAACCAUAACAAUAAGAGAAGAGCGGGCGGAGUUGAUAUUGCUCCUACGAGCAGACAUUACAGGAGUGUUUCUGUGGACAGUUGUUUCAUGGAGAAGUUGUCCUUUGGCGACGAUUCACUAAAGCCGCCUCCUUCUCCCGGAACUGUGUCUCGGAAAGUUUCCCCUACCAAUUCGGUCGACGCGAAUCAGGGAGCUGCUUUUAGCAUCGAGUUUAAGAACGGUGAGUUUACUGCAGCCGAAAUGAAGAAGAUCAUGGCCAAUGAUAAACUAGCGGAGAUGGCCAUGUCUGACCCUAAGCGUGUCAAAAGAAUAUUGGCGAACCGUCAAUCUGCAGCGCGGUCAAAGGAGAGGAAGAUGCGGUACAUAGUCGAAUUGGAACACAAAGUGCAGACUCUUCAGACCGAGGCUACUACAUUGUCUGCUCAGCUCACGCUUUUGCAGAGAGAUAUGAUGGGGUUGACAAACCAGAACAAUGAGCUGAAGUUUCGUCUUCAAGCAAUGGAGCAGCAAGCGCGACUUCGCGAUGCUCUGAACGAAGCACUGAAUGGGGAAGUUCAGCGACUGAAAUUAGCAGUUGGUGAGACCAGCCACAAUGAAUCUGAUAGAUCAAAGAUGCAAUCACUCAACGCGGAGAUGUUCCAGCAACUCAACAUCAGCCAGUUAAGACAGCAGCCACAGCAGAACCAGAAUGGAACCAUGUCGACAAAACCUGAAUCAAGUGAAUAGAGCAGACAAGUUGUUGCGGUGAUGACUGGAUCAAAGGAUUUGGAGUUUCAAAUUUUUUCAUGUUACAUAUCAAUCAGACAUUAUAUUUAAAUUAUGUGCAGGGUCAGUUGAAUUUACAUAUAUCGUAUAUGGCGUAAGUCCAAAAAAAUUAAUUUUACAGUAUUUUAUCUUAGAAAGAAACAAAAUUCAAUUUAUGGUAGAUAAGUAUGAUGUACGAAUGAAUACGGUUGUAAUGGAGGCUCAAGAGAUUGAGCUUCAGACAAAGAGAUUAUCUGUUUGUUUUGUCUCUUUAUAAUUUAGUUUGUA